UGGACUUCAUAUGCAAAUGGGAUGAAAAGAACAAGUACCAAGUUCUAUUUGGUUUGGGAUUUCUAAAUCUACAUGGACUGUAAUUUCUUAUGGCUAUAUAUAGAGCAUGCUGCAACCAGUUGCUUUCGUUCAAAUUUGCCAAAGCCUACAUUUACACUGUAUCCUCUCUACCAGACCACAAUCAUGGAUUCCUGCAAACUUCUUUUUCCUUUUCUUCUCUGCUCUCUCUUCUUUUUUGUUCUUCCUCUUGCAUCUCAUGCUCAUCUUCUCAAGGCUUGUCAGUUUGAGGCGAUUUAUAACCUUGGAGAUUCAAUAUCUGACACCGGCAACUUGAUCCGCGAGGACCCUGCUUCUGUUUUUGGUAGGCUUCCCUAUGGCCAAAACUUUUGCUUCAGUGCAACUGGUAGAUGCUCCAAUGGUUUGCUCAUGAUUGAUUUCAUUGGUAAGCAACUAAUUUGGUUUCAUGCUCUUGUGUUUUUGUAUCUGUCUGUGUUUAAAGCAAAUUAAAUUGUGCUUGUUUGUAUUUUC